UAAGCCGGGGAAACACAAAAAGACAGAGGGAACCGACAUAUUGCUUGGUGGCAGUCUUCAACUUCAAUCUUGACAAUCUCUCUCUCUGUUUCUCAAAUAUAUUUUUUGGGGGCUUCUCAGUUCACCUUUUUUUACAACGUAUAAGCAAUCCCAUGGCAUUGGGUCGUGUUUUCCCAAGUCUUACUCAGUUUCACCAUACUCUUUGCCCCAGUCUCCAGUCCUCAACGGUCAGAAAAACCUUUUUGGCGCGAAGCUCCAACGGUCAGGGGCCCUCUUCCAAUGGCUCUGUCUCUGUCCAAAAGAAGAAAACCUUUCCAGGGAAGCCAGAGGCUGAUGUUGUUAUAAUUGGGAGUGGUAUUGGUGGGUUGUGUUGCGCCGGGCUCUUGGCAAGGUAUGGACAAAACGUUCUUGUAUUGGAAAGUCAUGAUCUACCUGGGGGUGCUGCUCACUCGUUUGAAAUAAAAGGCUACAAAUUUGACUCUGGUCCAUCUUUGUUCUCUGGUUUUCAGUCAAGAGGUCCACAGGCGAAUCCUCUUGCACAAGUUCUCGAUGCAUUGGGUGAAUCACUACCAUGUGCCAAAUAUGAUUCAUGGAAGGUCUACAUACCUGAAGGUGAAUUCUUGUCACGCAUUGGCCCCACAGAAUUCUUCAAGGAUCUUGAGAAGUAUGCAAGUCCAGAUGCUGUUCGGGAAUGGCAAAAACUUCUUGAUGCAGUUCUUCCAUUGUCUGCUGCAGCAAUGGCUCUGCCUCCUCUAUCUAUCAGAGGCGAUUUUGGAGUUCUUUCUACUGCUGCAGUUAGAUAUGCCCCCUCUCUCUUUAAAUCUUUUGCACAAAUGGGACCCCAGGGAGCCCUUGGCGCUACAAAGCUUCUCAGACCUUUCUCAGAAAUUAUUGAUUCAUUGGAACUAAAAGACCCUUUUAUUCGGAAUUGGGUGGACCUAUUGUCUUUCUUGCUUGCUGGGGUGAAAACUAAUGGUAUACUCUCAGCAGAGAUGGUUUACAUGUUUGCAGAAUGGUACAAGCCGGGUUGCUGUCUUGAGUACCCCCUUCAUGGAAGUGGGGCAAUUGUUGACGCUCUUGUCCAUGGAAUGAAGAAGUUUGGUGGACGGCUUUCUCUUGGAAGUCAUGUGGAGAAGAUUGUCAUUGAAAAUGGUUGUGCCACUGGAGUGAAGUUGAGAAGUGGACAAUUUGUUCGAGCUAAAAAGGCUGUUGUGAGCAAUGCAAGUAUGUGGGACACCUUAAAGCUGUUACCUAAGGAAGUUGUUCCAAAGUCAUACCUGGACAGGAUCAACAUGACCCAGCAAUGUGAAUCAUUCAUGCAUCUCCAUUUGGGAUUUGCCUCGGAGGGCAUAAGCAAGGACUUGGGAAUACAUCAUAUAGUUGUAAAUGAUUGGGAGAGAGGGGUUGAUGCCGAUCAGAAUGUUGUUUUGAUAUCUGUACCCAGUGUACUUAGUCCAGAUCUGGCACCCCCUAGUAAGCAUGUAUUACAUGCCUAUAUGCCAGGAACUGAACCUUUUGGACUGUGGGAAGGACUUGAUCGCAGAAGCACUGAAUACAAAAAUCUCAAAGCAGAACGAUCAGAGGUUAUGUGGAGAGCUGUGGAGCGUGCACUUGGUGCUGGCUUCAGCCGUGAGAAGUGUGAGGUCAAGUUAGUCGGAACUCCAUUGACGCAUCAAAGGUUUCUUAGGAGGCAUAGAGGAACAUAUGGCCCGGCCAUACAAGCUGGUAAAGACUCCUUUCCUGGGCAUUCAACUCCCAUCCCGCAGCUUUAUUGUUGUGGAGAUUCUACUUUUCCCGGCAUUGGAGUCCCUGCAGUUGCUGCUAGUGGUGCUAUUGUGGCCAAUUCACUAGUUUCUGUGUCUCAACACUCCCAACUUCUUGAUGCCAUUGGUAUUUGAACGUAUAAGUGAGGCCGCCCCCCCCCCCCCCC